AUGGGAACGGAGAUGGGAAUGGCCGCCCUCCCGAUCUUCGGCUUCCUGAUCUUCUUCUUCUCGAUCUGGAACUUCAUCAUGUCGCGCCUGGUACUCCACAUGUGGGCCGGGUUUGCCAAGAACCCCACCGUCCAGAACUGCAUCUUUGCGUUCGGCAUCCUCCUCCUCCCUCAUGUGGCAGUCGGGCUACUCGUGCCACUUUUCGCAGGCGGAUUGGUGCUAUGGGUCAUCGCCAUGUGGCCGUGGGUGUUCAACUUCAUCAGGAUGUGGCAACAAGGACAGUUCAAGAAACCUCCGUCGGCGCCAGAGCCGCCGUCCAUUACCCCCUACACGGGCCCUCCCACGGGUCCUGCGGUCGGGGAAGUGGUCGGGGUCUCUGUGCCCGGAAUGCCAGAGCAGCCCGUGGUCGUCCAUGCGCAGGUUGUCCAAGGUGGCCCGACGCCCCCCGAGACCAACGAGACCAAUGAAAGCAACGAGAACAACAACAACGGCACCGUCGUUGUCAGCGCAGUGGUUGUUGGAGGACCCGAGGCGAAGCCGUCCAUUGAGACGACGGGGAAGCUGUUUUGA